AUCUCUUAUCAACAGGUGAUUUUUUUUGUUUGAAAUUUGUCCCACGCUAUUUGCUAAAGAAAGAACCUAUUAAUGCAAAAAUAUAACGGCGGUAAGAAUAAAUGAUGAUAAAACCAUGCAAAUGAUUAGAUAAAGAAACUGUAAAGGAGUAUUAGAGAUAGUGUUCCUUGACUCACAAGUCAACACAAUAGAACAAAAAGAUGGGGCUUGGCCUUUCAGUCUCGUUUUGCCGCGUCUGUGCAACACUUUAGAUAAUAGAGUUUGUUGUUGUAUACUUUUACUGGGCUUACUGAUUCGAAAUGUUAAUUGAACUUAAAUGGGCUGCUCGUUCCUAUAAAGCCCAUUAUCUGAUUUUCACAACUCUCAUGAUAAUCCGACGGCUAAAAAACAAUCCUAAUCUAACGAUUAGGAGAGAAAGCUGUGUAUACAUUUUGAGUAUGAAAGAGAAUGCAUCAUAAGUUUCUCUCUCCCUCCAUUUUCAGACAAGAGCAAUUAAAGAUCAUCCUUCUUUAUUACAAAAAGCAUCUGAAUGUACAAAGGGUUGUCUUUCCGUUUUUGCCUGGAUCUUUUUUCAUCUCGAAAAAUAGAGGAAGUCACCGGAAUAUCUACUGUUUCCCGGUGAAGGAGACACGCCGGAGCAGAAACAGAGCCACCAACGCCAAGAGUUAGGGUUUCACGGCGAUGGAAAAAGAUUCAAACUUUACAGACCUAAACAAUGAGGGUAUUCUCAAAACCCUAGAGCAGAUUGAGGAAAAGGCUUCGUCUUUUCUUAAUCUUUCGGUUCGGUUUGAUUACAUGGUAAAGUCGCUGGAGAAGAAGAAGGAAGAAGGGCUUAGAGUUGUUGAAGCUAGGGAGAAAGAAGUUGCUUUGCUUGAGGAUUCUCUUUCUGAGAAAUCAAGAGUGUUAGAGGAGAAAGAGAUGGAUUUUGAUAUGAUUCAGGUCCUUGAAGCAUCUCUCUUGAGGUUGGUGAUUGAGACUCAGACUGAACUAGUGGUGAGAAAGAAACUCGAAGAUGUUACAAGCGAGUGUGAAAGGAAGGAAGAGGAGGCAAGGUUGGUUUUUGAGUCAAUCCGUGAGAAGUUGUGUGGGUUAGAGAAGGCAGAGGAAGGUUUUGAUGUGAAACAAAGAGUGGAGAUGGAGAGACUUGAAGCAAGGAAGAAGGAGCUUAGCUCACUUGAUGAGGCUAUCAAAGUGAUGCAUGCUGAGUUGAAGAGAAAGGAGGAGAAGUUUGAGUUGAAACAGAGAGAAGAAGCUGAUAAAUGGAGAAAGAAGAGCAAAGAUCUUGAGAUCAAGGAGAAGAAACUGGAAGAAAUGUUGAAAGAGCUUGAGCUGAAGAAGCAUAUGGAGUUAGAAGAAAGAUCAAAGCUAAAUGCAGAGACUCGAAAGAGAUCCAACCAUGAAGGUACUCUUACUCCUCCUGCCAAAAAACAUAAAUCUGAGGAAGCAGAUUUGGCCCCUGAAGGAACGGUCUGUAAAGAUAAAAGUGAGGAGGAUCCUAAACCAUUAACUUGUCCUGAUACAAAGUUUAAUGAUGUUGGCAAGUCAAUCAGCUCUUUUGAUGUAGAUCAAGUAUGGGCUUUAUAUGACUCCAGAGAUGAUAUGCCAAGGAUCUAUGCUCAGGUCAGGAGAAUCUUUAGCGCCCAGUUGAGUCUUCAGGUGACAUUACUUGAACAUGUGAAAACUACAGAGGACGAGAAAUCAGUUAUUUCCAGUGCUUGUGGGAGAUUUGAGUAUGGAGAUACAGAGAUCAAAAGCCACUUGAUGUUUGCUCAUGAGAUGCACCACACCAAAUGUGGCAAGAAUGUCAUAGUGAACCCAAGAAAGGGAGAAACAUGGGCUCUUUUCAGAGAUUGGGAUAUAAGUUGGAAGAGUCACUCGGAUGUCCACGAGCCUCCUUAUAGGUACGACCUUGUGGAAGUCAUCACCGAGUUUGAUGAUCAACUAGGCAUUUCAGUGGUUUAUAUGGGGAGAGAUGAAGGAUUUGAGUCGCAUGGACUUAUCAAGAACAUCUACCCGGGGGAAAUGCAGAGGUUUUCUCAUAAAGUGGCAUCGGUUAAUUGGGGAGAAGAGAAAGGGGAGGUGGUGGAAACGAGCAUACAGGGUAAGGAUUGUGUCAAAGCUCCAACGGUUGAAACUCAAGAAGGGUCUACAGAAGAUCAGCCCAUCACAAUAGAAUGAGUAAAUCAAAUCUAAUCUAGUAUAUAUAUGUUAUGUAGAGUGCCGUUGGUGAUGGCGUUUGAUGUUUCAGGACAUAGUGAAACUGUAAUAUUUUGGCUCUAUUUAUGUUUCUUUUAUCAUGUCUAUCUCUUGUACUGAAUCAACUUCUUUUGUUGAAAACUGAAAUAGAAUAUGCUUCUUUAGGCCUUCAUUGUGGUCACUACCUCUUCUUUCUUCUCUUCUCUGUCUCUAUGGAAGUGUCUCUCCAUUGUUAAGGAAAAACUUACAUAAUGUGACACAAUUACAAUAAAAAAAAUUAUGUGAAAAGAGUGAAAUAACUAUUUGUUUCCUAACAAAUUUAAUAUAAUUUACUCCAUUAAGUUGUAUCAUUAUUCUUCUAGUCUUGUUAUUUAUUUAUUUAUUUUAUUCUUCUUUUAUCAAACUCUACUCUCUUCUUUUCUACCUCAAAAUGUGAUCACCGUUCAAGUUUUAAUCAUUGUUUUUUUUUGGGAUAUUUUGUUAUUUUUAGUUUCCUGAUUUUUAUUAGAAACUUUCCAAAUUGUUGAUUUUUCGCGGCAAAAGGGUUAACGACCAUUAGAGUUUUUUUUUUGUGCGCACAACGACCAUUAGAGUUAAUGAAAGCAU